CUAGUUUUCUCUUUCUCUCGCCGGACUUCAAUGAUGGAGCAGUUCUGCUUCGUGUAAUCGCUCAUCACGCUUUUUUAGUAGCUUUAGUAAAUCGGUUGCGACUGCAGAUCUCGAGUUGGUCCUCCGUUUGAUACGAACGGUCCCAAAGGUCAGAACAUCUAGUCAAGAUGUGGCAAGACCGAAGCGGACAGGUUGCUGGCGUAGCCAUCACAUUUCUCAUCCUAUCAUGGAUAACGGUUGGAUUACGGUGCUAUGUCCGAACAGUACUUGUUAAAGGCUUCGGAUUGGAUGAUAAAGUCAUGGUCCUCACACUGGCCUUAUUCACCGCUUAUCUCGCAUGUCAAAUCGGCGGUGCUGUCCAUGGGAGUGGACAAUAUCGUGCAAAUAUCACAGAUGAAAACGCACAAAUUGCGCUCCGGUACUGGUUCUUCUGCGAGGUGUUUUACACCAUAAGCACUUCGAUCUUCAAGAUAGCCAUUGGGCUGUUCUUGUUACGUAUCACCAUCCACCCAGUACACAUUUGGAUUAUCCGUUUCAUCAUGGCUGUUGCGGCCAUCGUCGGAGUCGCGUACACACUGCUUGUAAUAUUUCAGUGUAGACCAAUUUCUUUCUGGUGGGACUUGGAUCCAAAUCACACCGGCACUUGCCUCUCCGCAUCGUUGGUCAUGUACUUCACGUAUGCCGUCUCGGCGCUGAACUCGGUUGCCGACUGGACCUUCGGUAUACUACCCAUCUUUGUUGUCAAAGAUCUGCAGAUGAAGCGUCGAGUCAAGGUUAUUGUCAGUGGCAUCAUCGGAUUAGCAGCAAUUGGUUCCACGGCGACCAUCAUCCGCCUUCCCUACACCUCCACCCUCAAACCUUACAAAGGCGAUUUUCUCUACCGAACCACUGAUUUCGCAAUCUGGACAACUGUCGAAGUCGGCGUCGGGAUAACUGCCGGUUGCAUCGCAACGCUCAAACCCCUCUUCAAGGCCGUCCUCGACUCAACCGCCCAAGCUUCCGGUUUACCAUGGUCAAAGACGCCCAAAGGCGGCUUCCAGUCCAAAACGGGAGGCUCGUAUGGCACCCAACAAGCACUGGACGAUUUGCGGCCCGCGGCCGAGCGCACGGUCCGCACGACGACAGUCACUGGCGGACGGGGCAGCAGUAGUGAUGAGGAGAAUAUGCUGGACACGGGGCUGCCGGAGGAGAGAUGGGACGGGAUACGCAAGGGUGUCACCACGACCGUAGUGACGGAGAUGAAACCUGAGAACUCACGGGCACGCGCCGCAGGCGGGACCCCGUAUGGCAGUUCGGGCUCAAAGACAGACAAGAGGAGAAGCUUCAGUCUGGGGCAAAAUAGUAAUAGUACACUGGGCGACGAGGAGGGAAGAAAGCCUGUUGGACCGUUCAAUCCGUUCCAGUAGAGCUGCCUUCCAAGUACGAAAAUAUAGUUAAUGACAUCCUACGAUACCUAUGACACCCCGAAACUGUGGUUCUAUACUCGCGAGCGCCUUUAAAAUCAAAACUGCUCAGGCAGUUUGCUCGACGUUGCUUUUUUGGUCGAUCACUACCUGCCUCCAAGUCGCAGAAGGCUGGACACGUCAAGCUUGACAUGCCAGGGCUGGACCCGCUCAAAGUUGGUCGAUCCGUCCACGCGGAACCGCAACUAGUCACGAUCGCUUUCUGUAUGCGGAAGAUGCAGGAGAUUGGCUCGAUCAGAGAUGGG